CCCAUCUUAUGUGGCACACACCUCAACACACAUGUGCUACUGCCAUAUAGAGAUAAGAAUUUGCAGCUAUGAUGGGGCUGCAUCUGGGUCCCCAGAGUCCUCAGCUCUGGCUGGGAACCAUUGUUCUGGGACAGAUUCAAUUAUCAAGGGGAGAAAGUCUCACCUGCAGAAGGAGGGAGAGCUGGAGAAGGAGAGGAAAUGGAGGCCCUUGGACUUCCUGGACAUCCUCCUCUUUGCCAGAGUGAGUGUGGGCAGGAGAGGCCUGAGCCUUUGGGCAGAAGCACACAGGAAGGGCAAACCCUACACACUGGCCCUACCUCCACAGAUGAAGAAUGGGAGCAGCUUGUCUGACAAGGACCUCCAUGCUGAGGUGGACAAGGUCAUGUUCAAGGGUCUGGAGACAACAACCAGUGGCAUCUCCUGGAUCCUCUAUUCUCUGGUCUCCCACCCUGUGCAUCAGCAGAGGUGCCAGAAGAGAUCCAGAGGCUCCUGGGGGAUGGCGCCUCCAUCACAUGGUGAGUGUCCUGGAGAUAGAAGAAUCCUGUCCCACCUAGGUAGAGAGAAUCCUGGUUGUCCAGUCCUGCCUGCCCUCAGGUGGUCUUCCUUUCAGGGACCAUCUGGACCAGAUGCUUUAUACCACAUGUGUAUCAGGAGGCACUGAGAUUCUACCCACCAGUACCAGUUAUUGUCAGAGAGCU